AUGCUUUUAAAGGGGGAACUACAUCUUGCACCGGUGAAAAAUCCGGUCCGGGUAUUAGACCUUGGUACAGGCACAGGAAUAUGGGCUAUUGACUUUGCCGAGGUACCCCCAAAUUGUCAAUUUGAAGUUGACGAUUUCGAACAACCAUGGUCAUAUACUCAACCCUUUGACUUCAUCCAUGGGCGAGAGCUCGAAGGUGCCAUUCGCAACCAUGAUUGUUUAUUUCGACGCGCGUUCGACAAUUUAAGCCCAAACGGAUGGUUCGAGAUGUCGAGUAUGGAAGUAAACACGUAUUCUGAUGAUAAUACACAUCUCAACGCAAAAUGCAUGCUAGAAAGCGUCGUGAACAUGCAUGCCGGGUCCAGAGCAUUCGGGAAGGACAUGGCCUCUGUGCUUACCUGGAAAGAAAAAUUUGAGAAGGCCGGUUUCGUGAAUGUGAGAGAAGAAGUCUACAAACUCCCACAAAGUCCCUGGCCCAAGGAUCCCAAACUCAAGGAGCUCGGACGUUAUCAUCAGCUCAACAUGCUGGAGGCCAUGGGUCCCUAUUCUUAUGCCCUUUUUACCAGGGUACUCGGAUGGGAUCGCGUGCGAAUUGAAGCCCUUUUAGCAGGCGUUCGCCACGAAUUGCGCGACCUAUCAAACCAUUUGUAUUCAAAAGUACAUAUAAUAUAUGGACAAAGACCUAAAUGA